UAUUAAAAAAAGAAAUAUCUGUGAGGAAGAUAUAAACUUGCCAGCCACCAGUCUUCAUCUUCCAUGUUUCUCCAGUCAUUUCUUCUAGUGUUGCAGCAGCAAUUCCACCAGAGGGCAUUCUAGAAAAAUGAAAAAUGAAAAUCAGUGUCGUUACACCACCUGUGGGUGAGAAUGCUGCACACUGUGUCAGUGCAUCGCCAUGACAACAGUGUGAAUUCAUACACACUUACCUUUCUGCGUGAAAGCCGUUUCUUGACUUUGUCUCACGUCCGCGUCCAUUCUGCUGCUUUGCAGCGCCACAUUUCUCUUGAUCUUAUUCAUUAUUCAAGAUCUCAGAGGUACAAUCAAGUCCCCACAUAGAGCUGCACAGAACACGCUCCCAGCUGUGUUUUGCAGCACUGCAGUGGACGACGGUCAUGAAAGUGAUAUGCUCUUAUCUCCUGACAGCAGAUGGAUUUCCCUCAUGUCAACUGCGCCAUAACCGUGCAGUGUCAUUGGUGCUUUCUUCAGACUGACGCCGCUCUGCACUGGGUGUGUGAUUAUUCUGCCACGGCUGGUACAAAAUGAAGGGAAACCUUGAGGUCAGGAAAACGUUCAGAAAUGUUCUUAAAGCGACAUUGUUUGAUGAGCAGUGAAGCCGUAUUGAGAUUGUGAGGAUGAGGUAACGGCCAGGUUGGAUUCACUCUUAAAGCAUCCUCUCCUGACCUUGCAGGAUGCCCCCAGGUGUAGUCUCAGCGGUCUUCCUCCUCCUCACCACAUCAUGUGCACAUGCAGUGGGUCCGUCAUGUCUCUGUUCAGUCCAGAAUGCGUCUCUGCAAGUGAACUGCAGCUCGCUGAACCUCGUGGAAGUGCCUCAUCUGUCCUCCGGCGCCACCGAGCUCCACAUCCAGGACAAUCGUCUCACCUCGGUGUCCCCGGGCCUGUUCGAGAGACUGGUCAGUCUUAAAAGGGUCUCCCUUCAUGGGAACCCCUUCCACUGUGACUGCGGGAUCCAGUACCUGAGGAACUGGCUGCUGAAGAACAGAGAGAUGGUGCUGAAGGAGCCCACCUGUGCCAGCCCGAGCUCUGUGGCCCAGAGAGCCAUCGCUGACCUCACAGACGACCACUUCACCUCAUGCGUCGUGGCGAGCUGCACCGGCGCCACUUACAACACUGUGAUGGCGGCGAUGCUGUGCUGCGUCAUCGUGCUGCUUCUGUGGAGCUUGAAACUGGCCAAAAUGUCCACCUUCACCCUGUCCAUAGAGAAGAGACACACUGGGAUUGAGGCCGGCUCUUUGCAGUCACUGAAGCCGAGGUACCGGAGGAGGCUGAACACGGUGCAGUCUGAAGCCAGUGUGGACCUGGACAUCAAUGGUGCGGAGGACCUGGAAAGGCCACUUGCACUCAACAUGGAGUUACUGCCUCAAGUUAUUGAUGUGUUGCAUAGGAAGCACAAUAUAAAGAUAAAGGCUACCUAAUGGACUAGACCUUGCUGUCUGGUGCAGGGACUAGGUUUUAAUAAAACAUCGCAGGUGACCAACAGAAGGCUGUUUGAAGCUCUGUGUCUGUGGCGUGUGGCAGGAGGACCAACGUACACAUGGAGACAACAAACAAACCUAUGGGUCAUCACGGGAGGGAGCUGGGGCUCGUCCCCCAACUGACCGAGGGGGAAAAAACAGACACCAUUCCGACUCUUUUGUUCAUGUUCUCACGACAGGACUGAGCAUUUACUUUGAGUUACAUGGAGACAAUUCAUAUUUUGACAAUCUCCAACAGGAUAUGGAUCAUUGCUGACUAAAAUAAAAAACACAAACACACACAACACAGUCUGCAAGUAUCUGUUCCUGUAUUUACAACGAGUGGACUAUUACAAACGUGGAGCAGUGAAAGGUUUUGUCCUUGCAUCGUCCUCGUAUCUAAAUAAACUGAUAAAAUCUGAUAAAAUUUUACUCCUGGAUUUAAAAUGUUCUACAACAUCAUCAUCAUCAUCAUGGAUGGGUUAUGGCUGGACGACAUGGUAACACGUGACAAACAUGGCAGUCUCUGAUUUGUGCAAAUACUGUUCAAGGCUCUCACAGCUGGACACAAUACAGACAGACAGACAGACAGACAGUACUAUUAGAGGACAGUAUUGCACACCUAAGUGUUGUUUUUGUACAGUAUCACUCUCACAUCCAUGCAUAGAUUUUCCAUUACAAGUGACAAAACUAAAAUGUCAUGGGAAUUGUAAAACAUUUGUAAAUUGUCAUAAUAAAUAUAAGAGGAUUUCA